AUGGUGGUUCAUAUUCUUGGUAAGGCUAUCAGGGGUAAAUACAAAGUGGUAUAUGGCCUUUCUGCAACCUUUUAUGGGCUUGGUCUACACACGGCCACGAAAAUAUGCUCGAAGCUCGGUUUCUAUCCGGAAAUGAGAAUGCAUCAACUUAGCGAGCAGCAUCUCAUGUCAGUGACCAAAGAACUUUCAGACAUGACUAUUGAAUCGAAACUUUUAUCUCAGAUUAGAUCCAACAUCCAGUUGAAGAAGAAAACCGGCUCGUACGCCGGUUUAAGACAUGCUAUGGGACUUCCUGUUAGGGGACAGAAGACUAGAACUAAUGCUAAGACUGCUAGAAAGUUGAAUAAGUUGGACAGAAAGAUGUGA